AAUUCUGUGUUAUUUGAGACCACUCACUCUCUGUUGUUUAGUUUUUUUAUUAUGAUGAGAAAGUGGAUUGUUUAUAAUAAGUCUUUUUAUUAUGAUGAGAAAGUAGGUUGUUUUUAUUAGUCUUUUUGAUAUGAUGAGAAAGUGGAUUGUGUAUUACUCAUAUAAAGGCAUAUAUUGUUUCUGUUAAGUGUUGUUAUCAUAAGGCUGGUUUGUAUUUUUAUGUUCUUUGAUAUCAAUAACUGCAUUCUGCCACAAGUAAAAAACAAUUUUAAAUACAACAUAUCUCAAUUCAACUUAUGUAUUCAAUUUUUUUUUAGGAAGCCUGCAAACGGAAUUUGUAGGGGACUGAUUCUUUGAAGAUAACAGAGCGAAACGUAACCGGCAAAUAAGGAAACUGUAUUGUUAGUAUGGCAGAAGAUGCAAUUUAUACACAAGAUGGAACCAUUAACAUCUAUAAAAAACCUGCCAACAAGAAAAAGACUGGAAAUUGGAAAGCUUGUUGGUUCAUUCUUGGAAAUGAAUGUUGUGAAAGAUUGGCAUACUAUGGUAUGAGUACAAACUUGGUGAACUAUCUUGGACAACGUUACAAUCAAGGAAAUGCAGCUGCUGCUAAUAGUGUCACAACUUGGUCAGGAACAUGUUACAUCACACCAUUGCUUGGAGCAUUUGUAGCUGAUUCAUACUUUGGAAGAUAUUGGACAAUUGCUAGCUUCUCUAUUAUCUAUGUCAUUGGAAUGGUAAUUUUAACAUUGUCAGCUUCUGUACCUGGAGUUAAGCCAUCAUGUGAUGCUAAUGGUUGUCAUCCAACAUCAGCACAAACUGCAGUUUGCUACAUAGCACUCUACUUGGUCGCUCUUGGAACCGGCGGUAUCAAACCAUGUGUUUCGUCAUUUGGUGCAGAUCAAUUUGACGAAACAGAUGAGAAUGAGAGAAAAAAGAAGAGCUCUUUCUUCAACUGGUUUUACUUCUCAAUUAACAUCGGUGCACUUGUCGCUUCAUCGGUAUUAGUUUGGAUACAGAUGAAUGUUGGUUGGGAAUGGGGUUUUGGAGUACCUGCAGUUGCAAUGAUCAUUGCAAUUAUAUUUUUCUUUGGUGGUAGUCCUCUCUAUAGAAUUCAAGUACCUGGAGGUAGCCCUCUUACAAGGAUUUGCCAAGUUAUAGUUGCAGCUUGUAGGAAACUAAGUCUUCAAGUGCCAGAUGAUAAGUCUCUUCUUCAUGAGACUAUAGAUGUAGAAUCUGUCAUCAAAGGGAGCAGAAAACUUGAUCAUACAAACAACUUAAGGUGUUUGGAUAAGGCAGCAAUAGAGACACAAUCUGACCGCGUGAGAAAUUUAUCAAAUCCAUGGAGGCUUUGUACAGUAACCCAAGUUGAGGAACUAAAAUCAAUAAUUUAUUUACUCCCAGUUUGGGCAUCACUUAUAGCCUUUGCAACUGUCUACUGUCAAAUGAACACAAUGUUUGUGUUACAAGGCAACACAAUGGACCAACACAUUGGCCCUAACUUCCAAAUCCCAUCAGCUUCCCUCUCCCUUUUCGACACACUAAGUGUCAUCUUCUGGGCUCCGGUCUACGACCGAAUCAUCGUCCCAUUCGCAAGAAAGUUCACCGGCCACGAACAAGGAUUCACACAGCUCCAAAGAAUCGGAAUUGGCCUAGUCAUUUCGAUAUUUUCCAUGGUCAUCGCCGGGAUUCUAGAGGUCAUUCGCCUCCACAUGAUACGAAAAAACAACUACUAUGAUCUCAAGACUAUCCCUAUGUCAAUUUUCUGGCAAGUACCUCAAUACUUUCUUGUUGGAUGUUCUGAAGUUUUUAGCAACAUUGGUCAGUUAGAGUUCUUUUAUGGUCAAGCACCUGAUGCUAUGAGAAGUUUAGGUGUUGCUCUUUCACUCACAACUAAUGCAUUGGGAAAUUACAUUAGUACUUUGCUUGUUACUAUAGUGACAAAAGUCACUACAAGACACGGUAAGCUUGGUUGGAUACCUGAUAAUUUGAAUAGAGGCCAUCUUGACUACUUUUAUUGGCUUUUGUCUAUUAUUAGCUUUCUCAACUUCCUUGUGUAUCUUUGGAUUGCAAAGAGGUACAGGUAUAAGAAGGUGUCUGGAAAUGUUGAUUGAGAUAAUAGCUUAAGACAACAUAGUUUUAUUUGCUGAAGAGUAUAGUUUUUUUUUUUUUUAAUUGGUUUUUAUGCUGAUAUUUGCAUCAUUUUCCUAUACAUAUAUUUGUAAAUAUGGAUGUUAUUUGGAGUUCUGAGUGAAUUAAAAGAUUAUUCUUGUGCUUGGGUUU